AGGCGUUCUGGCCGAGGCUGACGGGCGGGCCAAAGACGCGCCGGGGCUCGAGCCACCGCGCGCGCGCCCUGGCCGGGCGGGCACAUGCGGUGGGCCCGGCCGGAGGCUGUGCUGCUGCUGGCCGUGGCCGCCUGCACGCUCGCACCCGCCGCCGGAGCAGGCGGCGAGGAGGCGAAAUGGUGGUGCGACGAAGGGAGCGACGGCAGCGAGGAGUGCCACCUUCAUGAGUACUCCUUCGUGGAAACCUGCAUCCUUAUCGUGCUGGUCUGCAUGGCCCUGCUCUUCGAAGCCGUGCACCACUUCUUCAAGGAGCGCGUGAGCACGAGCUACCACUACGGGCAGCUGCAGACGGGGACGGGGCGCAGACACUUCAACGGCAUCCACACAUCGGCAGGCGCAGGCCAUGUUCCCGGCAGCUCCCGUCACCUCCACGUGGAGUACACUACACCCCUCUGGAAGCAUUGGUUCUCGCGCUUGUGUGCGGAGAUCAUGGUGCUGGGCUACAUCGCUUUCCUCAUAUUCAUCUCCCGAGAGGCUGGAUUAUUCGAUGCACUUAUCACCGCAUUCCCUUCGGAGGCCUCCGCAAUUCACGUGCCUCCGACCUCCGCCGACUGGCUGCACAUGGUGGAGUUAGUACACAUGAAACUGUUCCUUGGCAUGCUGAUCUAUUUCAUGCUUGUCUCCCAGAUUGUGAGUGGCAGCGUGAAGACCAUCCGUGCCUGGGAAGAGAUGCGCAUACUCCGCGUGGCCGGCGCCGCCAGGUCCACGCUGGCGAUGCGCAACGAGAGCAGGCUCCGGGGUUUUGAGAACACCGCGGUCAAAAAGUAUGGCCGGUGGCGGACGUACUUCAUCACGGACGUGCUGACGUGGAGGCGGAAGCGCCCGUCUUUGCACACGGAGGUGCUGCGGGCCCUCGCUCUCGACUCGCUGCCGAGGGUGCCCGUGGGCAGGCUGCACGAGGCCCUGGAAGACAACUUCGCCUUCAGCGCCUACCUUGCCUACUCGGUCUGCUCCUGCACCACGGACACGGUGGAGAUCCACUCCUUCACCUGGUUUGCCGUCAUCCUCGUCCUGCUGACGUUUGCCGCCCUGCACCGGCUCGCGAGCGUCGUCCUGCUGGACGUGGUGCCCAUGUUCAUCGUGGCUGCCUUCCUGGUUCUGGGGGCCCUCUGGCUCCUGGUGCGCUCGUUCCAGGUCCGAGUCGACGCCUCGGGGCGGCUGGCGAUGAGCCUCUCCCGCAGGAACCUGGCCGACGAGGCCGCUCGAGGCUCCUGGGCGCUCCGGGCGAGGAGCGCUGCGGAUGGCAUCGCGGAGCGCAGCGGCGCCCAGGGCACGGCGGACGACGGGGCGGCGCAGGCUAUGCACGAGGACUCCGCGGAGCCGACCUCGCCCGCCCUGGACUCCGCGGCGCCGACCUCGCCCGCCAGGGAGUGCUGGCCCGAGGAUCUGGCGUCCGCCUCCUCCGCAAGCCCGCGUGCCGCGAGCCCAGGCGACGAGGGCCUCCACGAGAAGUUCCCCACCGAGGUCUACACCCUGCGCCUCCUGCAGGUGAUCCUGUUCGUGUGCGCAUACGCCUGCGCCCGGACGCUCGGCGACCCGGCCGACUGGAAGUCGCGUCCCGACCGGGUCGUCGUAGUUUGCUGCGUCUUCGGCAUCGUGUUCCUCUUGUUGGGCAGCAUGCUGCCAGGGCUGGUGCCCACUUUCGCAGCGCUCAUGGCCAUGCCGCCCUACGUCGAUAGGCAGAACGCGGGCCUCUUUCUGGCAGUGCUGGCCGAGCACGGAAGACCUGUCCAUGACCUGGCCAGCCGGAAGGGCGGCCGGGUACCCGCCGGCGGCCCGAUGUUGCAGCACCAGGGCACGGGAGGAGGCUCGAUGGUGCACCACCGCACGUCGGCGAGCCCGGACGCAGUGCCCAGCAUGCAGAGCCCCGACCACCAACCGAAGGCUCGCGUCCUGCUGGGCGGCUCCACGUCGAUCCCGUGGCUGCUGCCGCACGCGCUCGGAAGCAGCUGCGCGUCCUCGUGCCUCUCCGCCCUGGACCAGGGGCAGCGCGCCGCCGACGCCGCGUGGCAGCACCGAAUGGCCAGCCAGGUGGAGGACAUCCACAGGCGGCUGCUCGGCGCUGCGGAGGCAGCGACGAUGAGGCCGCCCCCGGCCCGCGCGGAGGAGUGGCCCGCGCCGCCCGACGACGCCGACGCUGUCGCGCCUGCGGGCGAGCCCGCGGCCCUCGCGCUGCCGCCGCUCUCUGGCGCCGCGGCGCAGCGGCCGCUGCUCGCGCAGAUCGCGGCCCUGCGGCGAGAGCUGCAGCGGCUGGAGGUGCUGGCCGCGGGCGAGGAGCUCCCGGCCAGGCGCCCUCCUCCGGCCCGGGGCGACAGCUCCGAGAACGUCGCCGCGCUGCUGAGGGCCGAGCUCCACGCCAGCAGUGGCGACUAGCGGCGGCAGCGUCGAGGCCGCCCGCGGGUUCGGCGGCGGCCGCGAGCGGCGCCCUCCGCCCUGGGAGCCCUCCAGAGGGCCCUCGGCAGGUCUGAGGCUCGGGGGGCGAGUCCUCUUCCCGGGCGCGCUGCUCCUGCAGGCGGAAGCAUGUCCUCACGGCGAUGGACAUGUUCAUCGCCCGUGACCGCCUGCUCGCCUGCUCGCCGCCCGCCGUGACCACAGCCGGCGAGCGUCGCGGCACGGCGCCAGCCACAAGCGCCGAUGAGCGCCGCUUUUGCCGCGGACUCCUCCCCUGGCA